AUGGUAGGGAUGAUGGUCGGCACGGCCUCGGCUGGGAGCAUACGGAUGACGGAGUGCCCGCCCGACGCGCCAGAAGCUACCUUUCGCUGGGUGAACGAAGGAGAGUAUCUUUACGUUGAAGGAGCGGGGUCUUGUGUGACGCUCCCGGAUAUCAACAAUGCGGUGGAAAACCCUCCGCUAACGUACCACACGGUUGAGGGGGAUGAGAGCGACACGGAGACAGGGUGA